UCCAUUCAAAGAUUGCAUAUUUGGGAAGUAUACAAAGUGGAUGUGAAGGCCCAUACAGUCGACAAGCGUAAAAGCUUUCAGAAUUUCUCCAACACUUUCAGGAAAGCAAAUUCCGAUAGACUGAAAAGCGAGCAGGCAGAUGGCUCUGACGACAAGGCAGCGGCGCUCGUCGCCGAUGGAUCUCCACACGACGUCAUCAUCGUCCCUUUCUCAGUAUUCCAAGCUCGAUAAGCCGGAAAAUCCGACCGCCGAACUAGACCGUGGAUUAGGGUGGUUCCUGCCAUUGGUGUCGCUGGGAAUGCUUCGCUACAUGAGCGCCUCAUCCAACAUAAUACACGACUGCGAUGAGGUCUUCAAUUACUGGGAGCCUCUUCAUUUCCUCCUCUACAAGUCCGGUUUUCAGACCUGGGAAUACAGCUCCCAGUUUGCACUGCGCUCAUAUUUGUAUCUUCUAUUCCACAACAUAGUUGGCUUGCCUGCUUCUUGGUGGUUUGGCGAAGAAAAAGUGAGAGUAUUCUAUGCUGUGAGGAUAUUUCUCGGCACCUUGUCUGUCAUUUCAGAUGCUGCUCUCGUUGUAGCACUUUCUAGGAAAUAUGGGAAACGCCUUGCUUCAUAUACACUUGCAAUGCUAUGCUUGGCCAGUGGUUGUUUCUUUGCUAGCACUAGUCUGUUGCCAAGUUCAUUCUCUAUGUAUGCUAUGUCCCUUUCAUGCGCACUUUCUCUUUUUGAGAAGCCUGCAGCUGCUGUUGCUGUUUCUGCCACUGGAGUCAUUCUGGGUUGGCCAUUCUCAAUCUUGGCAUUUCUUCCUGUAACAGUUUUCUCCUUAGUUAGAAGAUUUAAACAUGCAUUUUUGUCUGGCGUGGUAACAUCUCUUGCUCUUUUGGCACUAUCGAUUGUUGUUGACUACUUCUACUAUGGAAAGUGGACAUCAUCAGUUCUCAAUUUAUUGAUAUAUAAUGUAUCAGGUGGUGGAGAAAGUCAUUUGUAUGGCACUGAAGGCCCACUGUUUUACCUGAAAAAUGGUUUCAAUAAUUUCAACUUUUGUUUCGUCCUUGCUCUCGUUUUCAUUGUAAUCCUGCCAAUUGCAACGAAGAAGUAUCUUCCAGACUUGUUGGUCAUCAUCUCACCCAUCUAUAUCUGGCUAGCUUUCAUGUCUUUGCAGCCACACAAGGAAGAGAGAUUCCUUUAUCCAAUAUAUCCGCUUAUUUGUGUUGCUGCUUCAGCUGUCAUUGAGAGCUUUCCUGAUUUUUUUCGGGACAAAUACAAUCCUAAUGAUGGUUCUAUUCUCGUUGUGAUUGCAAAAGCACUGCGACCUCUGGCUCUUGGACUUAUUUUAUGUGCAUCCCACUCGAGAACAUUUUCAUUGAUCAAUGGUUAUUCAGCUCCAUUGGAGAUUUACAAGCAUUUGGAACACCAUGAUGAUACAGCAGAAGGUGCUGUGUUGUGUGUUGGAAGUGAAUGGCACCGGUACCCAUCAUCUUUUCUUGUUCCUGACUACAUAAAAGAGGUUCGAUGGAUAGACGAUGGCUUCAAAGGUCUUCUCCCAUUCCCAUUCAACUCUACACUGGGUGGAACCUCAGCUGCACCAUCUUAUUUCAACAACAAGAACCAUGCCUCAGACCAACAAUAUCUCCAAGAUCUCAAUCAGUGCACUUUUCUUGUUGAAUUGCAUUUACAAAGACCUUAUCUUCCUCGAGGGAGUGACCUGGAAACAUGGGAGGCCGUGGCAGCAUUACCUUAUCUAGAUCGAGAGCUGUCACCACCCAUGUUCCGGUCAUUCUUUAUUCCAUACCUCUGGCAGCAAAAGAAUGUAUUUGGCUUAUACAAACUACUCAAAAAAGUUCCUAAAUCAUGAUCCUGACUUGCGACAGAGACUCGUAUGUAGCAACAAUUGCGGUCUGAAAUUAGUAGGAACCCUCACUUAAAUUUUUUUUGUUGUCAUCUAUAAAUGCCACAAGGAACUCACUGUUUAGAUGCUUAAAUGCCGCACGGAACUCGCUGUUUAGAUGUUAAUCACUGAGUGUUGGUAGGCUGCUCUCAUCCCUGACUCAGUUUUGCAAAACAUGAAGUUAGUGGUCUAACUAUGUUUUCUUGUAGAUUUUGUGUAACUUUUGUACCCGUGGUUAUUGGUUACAUAAAUUAUUACAUGCUAUUUCUUUCUUUUGGGUUUUGAUAAUAUCCAUUUUCUUUUAAACGGACUUUCCACAAG